UUUCUAUUUAGGAUAUAUUACAAAUUAUAAUAUUGGAUCGCUUGCAGAAACAGUUAAUAUAUUACGUCAGUGGCCUUCAAAUAAUGAUUUAUUAUAUGCUGUUCAUGAGAAAUAUCAGCAAGCUUAG